CUGUCACAUGUGCAGGGAUCUUCUUCAUUGGACAGGUUGUUCCGUACCAAGAGCAUGGCCUAUAGCAAAAGUACGAUCAUACUGUGCAAUCUGACCGAGGUCUCCCCACUGGAAUCACAUGGGCUGUACAACCUGGGUUUCACAUGCUACAUGAAUGCCACUCUGCAGUGCCUGUUCUCUGUGCAGACUUUCUACACAGACCUCCUGAGGCAAAACAGCCUCUUAAGGAGGAUGCCACAGAGUGGGCUACUCAGGUGCUUUUCUGCUCUGAUGUCAUCAAAGAACCAGUGUCGGGGUGAAGCAAAAAAACUGCUACAGCGGAGGGUGAAAGAUGCUGUGUCUGCCAGUGCAGUAAUGUUCUCUGGGUACUCGGAGCAUGAUGCCCAGGAGUUCCUGAACCAUUGCCUUGUCCAGCUGAAAGAGGACGGGGAGAAGCUGGUCAUGGCUGGAGAGGAACUCCAGGCCGGAAGCCCGGGUAUCUCCCUUUCCAUGUACUCCUGUCCUGUGAGUACCAACAUGGACUUCCAGCUGCAGUACAAGAUGACCUGCACAGGGUGUGGAGACUUCAGUGUAAGGCAAGAGCUCUUUACAAUGCUUUCCAUCAGUGUGCUCCCAGGAUGCUCAAUACAGGACUGCCUGGAUCACUACUUCAAGGUGGAGGAUAUAGAGCGUUCUUGUAACAAGUGCUCAGGGAACUCUUCCACACUUGCCCUAAAGUUCAGGAGACUUCCUAGGGUUCUUAUCCUCCACCUGAAGAGGUUCGGCUUUGACCCCCUACAGGGAGUCAACAGGAAGCUGGAGGAGCAGGUGUGCAUCCCAUCAUGCCUCAGCCUGCUCCCGCACUGCAGUCAUUACACACAGCCUCCUUGCAGCCUGGACUACAGUGCAGAAACAGCUUUGAACCCUGGCAACAUGCAUAGCUGCCAGCUUUCUGAACCACUGAAAGAGAACAGACCUGAGAAGGGAAUUGAAGAGCAGGAGCUAGAAGAAGAAGAGGAGGAGCUCCUCAGAAUAUCAGUUGCUCUGAGUCUCCAAGAUUUAAACCACAUAGACGAGGACUCCACGAUUACCAGCACGGUGGAGUCCGAGGAGGGAAGCAGUGCUGCAGAGACUGGAGAGCUCUGCAGCUCCUAUCGGCUCAUCAGUCUGGUCAGCCACCUUGGAAGACAGGUGUCAACUGGUCAUUACAUCAGCGAUGUAUAUGACUUCCUGACUGACAAAUGGCUGACCUACAAUGACGAGAAGGUCUCGGAGACUGAUGAGUCGGCUGUGCAGGCAGAGCGGAAGUGUACUGGAUACAUCUUCUUUUAUAUGCACAAGAAAGCAUAUGAGGCUGUCCGACAGGAGCGAACAGGCUUGUGCAUGCAGCCUGAUUGUUCCUCAUAAAGAUGAUAGUACAAUGGCACAGGUGCAGGAAGCACAUGUGGAUGAGGACAACGCAGCCCCUGUGCGCUGAGCGAGUGCUGAAGGAUGUGAGGACCACUGUGUCAGGAAUCUCAGCAGUAGGAGUGCAGGAAGACUUCCAGCACCCACGCUUGCUUUGAGAUCCGACGCAGUGAGAACUCCACCCACUGCCUCGCUCACAGUAGGACUCCUGGUUUGAGAUGGAGUCCGAGGAGUUAUGAAGAAAUGCACAGCAAUGGCACAGGUGCAGGAAGCACAUGUGGAUGAGGACAACGCAGCCCCUGUGCGCUGAGCGAGUGCUGAAGGAUGUGAGGACCACUGUGUCAGGAAUCUCAGCAGUAGGAGUGCAGAAAGACUUCCAGCACCCACGCUUGCUUUGAGAUCCGACGCAGUGAGAACUCCACCCACUGCCUCGCUCACAGUAGGACUCCUGGUUUGAGAUGGAGUCUGAGGAGUUAUGAAGAAAUGCACAGUCCACCCAGUGCCUCAAAAUGACUGCCAGGAAAUACCGUUUCAGCUGAUGUGUGAAGGACUAACUCUACCAAAUGAUUAACUAGUGUGUGCCUCUUUCCACAACUGGCCUAGCUUGAGUAGAAAUGCAAAGGUGAUUGAAAGUGGCUUGAAAUGGUAGAGCUGUUCAACGUGACGUCAGCAUGGACAAUGUAGUAAACCCCCCUGGAGAGAGCAUUGUGGGGUUCUGCAAGAGGAAACUCAUUCACCGGAUG